UCAGCAGCCGGUCAUCACUAUUAAUGCGCACUUACCAGGAUGGGAACAGUAUACUGCAGGCAGCCCCUAUCAGGAGCGCCUCAGACUAUCAGCCGCUGGAUAUCGGCGACUUCUCUCUGGAUCUGUUAACCCCUCCUGGCUUCCGCGAUCUUUGUUGUUUUCUUUGCUUUUGGCGAUCAGAUAGUGGAUACUACACCCUGACUUGCGAGUGAGCCAUGUCAGUGCUGCCUUCUUUCGGUUUUACUCAAGAACAAGUAGCGUGUGUCUGCGAGGUGCUCCAGCAAGGAGGCAACUUAGAGAGGCUGGGCAGGUUCCUCUGGUCUCUCCCAGCGUGUGACCACCUCCACAAGAACGAGAGCGUCCUCAAAGCCAAGGCGGUGGUGGCGUUCCACCGGGGCAACUUCCGUGAACUUUACAAGAUUCUCGAGAGCCAUCAGUUCUCUCCUCACAACCACUCCAAACUGCAGCAGCUCUGGUUAAAGGCCCAUUAUAUUGAAGCCGAGAAGCUGCGCGGGAGGCCCCUCGGCGCUGUGGGCAAGUACAGGGUCCGCAGGAAAUUCCCGCUGCCCCGCACGAUUUGGGACGGGGAAGAAACCAGUUACUGCUUUAAGGAGAAGUCGAGGGGUGUCUUGAGGGAGUGGUACGCUCACAAUCCUUACCCGUCUCCGAGAGAAAAGCGGGAGCUGGCUGAAGCCACCGGACUCACUACCACUCAGGUCAGCAACUGGUUUAAAAACAGGAGGCAGAGAGACCGAGCGGCCGAGGCCAAGGAGAGGGAAAACACUGAAAACACAAACACCUCUGGCAAUAAACAAAACCAGUUGUCCCCUAUCAACCGUAGUAAAAACCUGAUGUCGAGUUCCGACGAGGAGUUGUCACCGCCCCAGAGCCCAGAUCAUUGCUCCGGGAGUCCUGUCUUACUGCUGCCAGGGAGCGUGAAUCAAUCCGUGGAUUCCACCUUCUCUCUUCACGGCCUGAGCUCGUCACCAGGCGGCCACGCUGGCCCAGUCCAUCCGCAUGGACUCCAGGACUCACUGCUCGGCACUCUCACAUCCAGCCUAGUCGACCUGGGAUCGUAAAAGAACAAAUCAUCACUGGACAGCCGAACGGUGAACUGAUCAGAUACUCCGGUGCUGUGCCCUGUAAAUAAUUGAACAGUCCUGUCCAUGUUUUGGAAUUUCAACUGAUGGUACUUAAUCUAUGAAAGAAAAAGCGAGACCGCUCUCGUUCAUUAGAGGAAAACAAAACGCCUUCAUGAACUGCUGAGAGGCUUCAUUUCUCACUUAAUGCUCUUCAAACCUUUAUACUCUCCCCACUGCACAAAAUGCGUUGCAAAUUCAGCGAUUGGCGGGCUGAUACUUUUUCUGUCAGAUUCGUUAAUCUGUCAGAAUCAACCUGGAUUUAUCUCUCGUUUUCCAUCUGUUUGCGUUCCUUGAAAUUUACUGAUCGCGAAUCUGAAGUGAGGCAUCGAGUAGGACGAACCGUCUAUAACUGAGGUAAUUGCAGAGAGAAAGAACAACUCCACAGAGUAUCAGGCAGAGUGCAGGCACAGAGGCGACUCGAAGUUUACAUUAUCACCAGUGGUGUAUAGAGAGUAACAUGGAAGUAGUUUAUAAUAAAAUCCAAACAUGU